AUGGACCCAGAAACACUCACCUCAAAGGACCUGAUGGCAGUUAUUGCCCAGCACGAGUCAUCUUUCCAGCGCCAUGAAGCUGUUCUCAGCCAUCAGGAGGAGCUAAUAACCAAACACUCUCAACUCCUGGCUGAUGUGAUGGGUUCCAUCCACCAGCUCUUUGAACGGCUCCCGGGCGCUUCACCUCCCACUGCUUCACCCCCAAGUGGCAACAGGCCUACUUUAGUGGCAGAGCCUCGAUUACCACCUCCCAAGCCCUUUGCUGGGGUGAUGAUUCCUCACCCAAAUCAUCCAGUCAGUGGUCGGGAGGCUUCCAAGCACCUGCUUGCUCUAAAUCAAGGCUCUCGCAGCACUGCAGAUUUCGCCAUCGAGUUUCGGACCAUCGCAGCAGGAACCUUUAAAGAGGAGUUCAAGCGAGUGUUUGAUCAUCCAGUCAGUGGUCGGGAGGCUUCCAAGCGCCUGCUUGCUCUAAAUCAAGGCUCUCGCAGCACCGCAGAUUUCGCCAUCGAGUUUCGGACCAUCGCAGCAGGAAGCAGAUGGAACGAUGAGGCAUUGAUGGUCUGCUUUCAGGGAGGGCUGUCCGAGCCCCUUCAAGAUGACUUAGCCACCCGAGAACCAGCUGCUGAUCUCGAGACCCUCUUUGCGAUGGCCAUUCGCCUGGACAAUCGCCUGAGAGAGCGGAGGGUGGCUCGCCACAAGGCGUCUCAGUUCCAAGUUCCUGUGAACAGGUCUGUGUCCCCAGUUCGUAUUCCUGCAUCCAGAGCCUCCUCGGCUCCUGAACAGCCCCAUGAAUCCCCGGAGGACAUGCAAUUGGGUCGUUCCAGGCUCUCUCACCGGUCCGCUGGCACCAUUAUGAGCUGGGGUUCCACUUGCCACCUCACCUGCCUGAGUCCCUCAGUCCCUAGUUCCGAGUUUCAAGAUUCUGUCGACCUGUCUCGAGUACCCAGUUCCUAUCAUCAGUUCAAGGCAGUGUUCUGCAAGUCCCGGGCCACCUCCUUACCACCUCACCGCCCCUACGACUGUGCCAUUGAGCUACUCCCUGGCUCCUGCCCUCCCCGGGGUCGGAUUUUCUCCUUGUCUUCCCCCGAGCGCACAGCAAUGGAUACCUACAUUAAGGAAUCCCUGGCAGCCGGCAUCAUCCGUGCCUCUACUUCCCCGGCUGGGGCGGGCUUCUUCUUUGUGGGGAAGAAGGAUGGGGUUCUUAGGCCAUGUAUCGAUUACCGGGGCCUCAACAAGAUCAUGGUUCGGAAUCAAUACCCCCUUCCCCUCAUGGCCACUGCUUUCGAGCUACUACAAGGGGCUUCCAUUUUUACUAAAUUGGAUCUACGCAACGCAUACCAUCUCGUGCGGAUCCAACAGGGGGACGAAUGGAAGACGGCCUUCAACACCCCCACAGGCCACUAUGAGUAUCUGGUGAUGCCGUUCGGGCUCACCAACGCCCCAGCAGUAUUUCAAGCACUGAUAAAUGACGUUCUCCGGGACAUGCUUAAUCAAUUCGUCUUUGUAUAUCUUGACGAUAUCCUCAUUUUCUCGGGGUCAUUGGAGGAGCAUGAGGGGCACGUCAGCAGGGUCCUCCAGAGACUCCUUGACAAUCAUCUCUACGUGAAGCCCGAGAAAUGUGAGUUUCAUGUUACCCAGGCUCAGUUUCUCGGGUUCAUCAUCACUCCUGGCCACGUGGAGAUGGACCCUAAGAAGGUUGAAGCUGUCCUCAACUGGCCUAUUCCCGCCACAGUUAAGGAGGUUCAGCGUUUCAUCGGCUUCGCAAACUUCUAUAGGAGGUUCAUUACAAACUUCAGCUCUGUGGUAGCCCCCUUGACUACGCUGACCAAGGGAGGAGGAAUCAAGAUUCACUGGGGUUCGGAGGCAGCGGGGGCCUUCGAGGAGCUCAAGCACCCCUUCACUUAA